UCUCUAGGGAUUUAAGUCAUAAUCAUUUAUUAUCAUCUAACUGGAGCAUUGAUUUGUCUGUUCACACGCUACAAGAAGUGAAGAUGAAUUACAAUGAGCUAAGUGAAAUUCCAUACUUUGGAGAAACAACUUCUAAUAUAACUCUUCUCUCGCUGGUACACAACACAAUUCCAGAAAUAAAUGCUGAGCAGCUGCAAGUUUACCUUUCUUUGGAGAAUCUAGAUCUUAGUUCUAAUCUAAUCUCAGAAAUUAAAACUUCUUCUUUCCCGAAGAUGCAGUUGAAGUACCUGAAUCUAAGCAACAACAGAAUAACUACCCUAGAAGCAGGCUGUCUUGAUAACUUAUCUAACUCUCUAGUGGUGGUAAAACUAAACAGAAAUAGAAUUAGUGUGAUUCCACCAAAGAUCUUCAAAUUACCUCAUGUGCAGUUUCUGGAACUGAAAAGGAACCGUAUUAAAAUAGUGGAAAGUCUUACAUUCCAAGGCCUGGAAUCCUUAAAAUCAUUAAAAAUGCAACGCAAUGGGAUUAGCAGACUGAUGGAUGGAGCAUUCUUUGGCCUGAAUAAUAUAGAAGAACUAGAACUGGAACAUAAUAACUUAACAGAAGUAAACAAGGGCUGGCUGUAUGGUCUACGAACAUUGCAACAGCUCUACAUUAGCCAAAAUGCCAUUAACAGGAUCAGCCCAGAUGCAUGGGAGUUCUGCCAAAGACUUUCAGAACUAGACUUGUCCUACAACCAGCUAACUCGCCUCAAGGAGUCUGCCUUUGUGGGGCUUGGUUUAUUGGAGAAGCUAAACCUGGGUGACAACCGAGUUAGUCACAUUGCUGAUGGUGUGUUCAGAGGGCUGACAAACCUUCGAACCUUGGAUUUGCGGAACAAUGAGAUCUCCUGGGCCAUAGAAGAUGCAACCGAAGCCUUCACAGGACUCGACAGACUUGAUAAACUAAUCUUGCAAGGAAACCAGAUUAAGUCAAUUACAAAGAAAGCAUUCUCUGGUCUUGAAGGACUUGAACAUUUGGAUUUAAGCAACAAUGCAGUAAUGUCCAUCCAAGAAAAUGCAUUUGCCCAGGCCCAUCUGAAGGAGCUGAUUCUGAACACUAGCAGCCUGCUCUGUGAUUGCCAGCUGAAAUGGCUGCCCCAGUGGCUCGCUGAAAGCCGCUUGCAGCAGGCUGUAAACGUUAGCUGUGCUCACCCUGAAUGGUUGGCCGGACAGAGCCUUCUCAGUGUGAACCCUGAUGACUUUGUCUGUGAUAACUUCCCUAAACCUCAGAUAAGAGUACAUCCUGAGAACACGAUUGCUCUACGAGGCAUGAACAUAACCCUGACGUGCACUGCUGUGAGCAGCAGUGAUUCCCCCAUGUCCACUGCCUGGCGUAAAGACAGUGAAGUGUUGCAUGACGCAGAGGUGGAGAAUUUUGCCAGGUAUCAGCAGCAAAGUGAGGAGGUGGUUGAGUAUACCACUGUCCUGCAUCUCUUCAGUGUGAAUUUCACUGAUGAAGGAAAAUAUCAGUGUAUCGUCACCAACUACUUUGGCUCCAAUUAUUCUAAUAAAGCUAAACUGACAGUUAAUGAGCUGCCUUCCUUCCUGAAAAUCCCCAUGGAUCUCACUAUCCGCACCGGGGCCAUGGCCCGGCUGGAGUGCGCCGCAGAGGGCCACCCCACUCCCCAGAUCUCCUGGCAGAAGGACGGUGGCACAGACUUCCCUGCUGCAAGGGAGAGGAGGAUGCACGUCAUGCCUGAGGAUGAUGUGUUCUUCAUCGCAAACGUGAAAAUGGAAGACAUGGGAAUCUAUAGCUGUAUGGCACAAAACACUGCAGGGGGGUUGUCAGCAAAUGCCACGCUGACUGUGCUAGAAACUCCCUCCUUCGUCAGGCCCCUGGAAGACAGGACGGUGAGCAGGGGUGAAACCGCUGUCCUGCAGUGCAUCGCUGGUGGCAAUCCUGCCCCGCGCCUCAACUGGACCAAGGACGACGGCCCCUUGACGGUGACAGAGCGGCACUUCUUCGCUGCUGCUAAUCAGCUCCUUAUCAUCGUGGAUGCCGGGCUGGAGGAUGCCGGGAAGUACACGUGCAUCAUGUCCAACACCUUGGGCACUGAGCGGGGCCAUAUUUACCUAAACGUCUUGGCCUCCCCCAAUUGUGAUUCUGCCCAGGGUGGCAUCAUCCAUGAGGAAGACGGCUGGACAACAGUUGGCAUCGUCAUCAUCGUUGUGGUGUGCUGUGUCGUGGGAACUUCCCUCGUGUGGGUUAUUGUGAUCUACCACAUGAGAAGGAAGAGUGAAGAUUACAGCAUCACUAACACAGAGGAGAUGAACCUACCUGCAGACAUUCCCAGUUAUUUAUCCUCCCAAGGAACGCUGUCGGAGCCUCAGGAAGGCUACAGUAACUCGGAGGCAGGAAGCCAUCAGCAGCUCAUGCCUCCAGCUGGUGGCUACGUGCACAAAGGCACAGAUGGUGGCACAGCACCAUUGGUGAUCUGCUCAGACUGCUAUGACAACGCAAACAUCUACUCCAGGACUCGGGAAUACUGUCCUUAUGCCUACAUCACAGAAGAGGACCCCCUUGAUCAAACGCUCUCUAAUCUCAUGGGGCAGAUGCCCAAGGACACGUACCCAGCACGCCCCCAGCACGACACCGGUGCUCUCGAUAAGCUCAUGGCAGACAGAGACGUGUCUGUCUUCCUCACCAACCACGACAGAAUAAGUGAGAGAAAGAUCUCUUUGCAGCAGAUGAGUGAACCUUUUCAGGUUCCUUUAUGGGGAGUGAACAAGGACCUGGGGCUGUCUCAUUCACACUUUCUGCACCAGCAGUCGGCCCGUGAGCCCCCACGGCCUCUUCGGAGCGAAGGCAUUAGUGACAGUGGCCGGGAACAAGCUGCUUCACCCAGACCUUGCCACAGGUUACGUGAACAUAACUUUGAUUUUAAUAGGACACGGAACGUUCAGGACCAUAGUGAAACCACAUAAGGCACUAAAAUGAAGUCUUGGAAGCAAAUCCCUAUCAACUGACUUUUUGUAUUUACUACCUCAGGACUAACCCCAAGGCCAAAGAUGCUUUCGUACACGUGUCUACAAUUACAGGCUGACUAGACCAAGACAGACUCCCUAGAAGGAGGUGGUCCAUGCCCUUUUUCCUCGGAUUCAUGUGCAUUGGAAAAUGGGAAUGUGCAACAGUGCACAUAAUAGUGAU